UCAUAUCUGAGGGCCCAGCUUUGUCCCACUUCCUGUAAUUCUUCCUUGAUCCUAGACUUGCUUGCUGGCUUACUUAGUUUGUUUGUCCAGGCAUCUUCGGUGGAUAUUCGUUUAUUUUAAAAUAAAGCAGAGCUCGUGAAACCAAACAUUUGCAAAGAUGGCUAUGCAAGCGGCAAAAAGAGUUAAUAUCCGAUUACCACCAGAAGUAAAUCGGAUCCUGUAUAUUCGCAACCUGCCAUACAAAAUCACGGCCGAAGAAAUGUAUGAUAUAUUUGGAAAAUACGGCCCAAUCAGGCAAAUCAGAGUUGGGAACACUGCAGAAUCAAGAGGAACAGCAUAUGUGGUCUAUGAGGACAUCUUUGAUGCUAAGAACGCCUGUGAUCAUUUAUCAGGAUUUAAUGUCUGCAACAGAUACCUUGUAGUAUUGUACUACAAUGCAAACCGGGCUUUCCAGAAAAUGGAUACCAAGAAGAAGGAGGAGCAACUCAAGCUUCUCAAAGAAAAAUACGGAAUCAACACAGAUCCACCAAAAUAAACUUUUUUAUAAUACAUUGACUUUUGUUCCUAGUUAGGAGCGCUUGCAGUGAUGCAUUCGGGACACACCCGUAUAACAGGGUGCAUCGGUUAUUUUUACAGUGUUGCUUUCCUGCAAUCCGACAGUUUUUCUUUGACAGGCAGAGUAAUAUUUUUUUGUUACAAAAAAAUCAGUACUACAGAUGUGUUGCAUAAUUUGGAUAGACCCUGAUAAAUCAAAAUAGUUUUAACAUGGCUGUUUUAAUAGUGUUUUGAUAACAAGGUCACCAGACAUCAUAAAUAAUAAAAAAUGAAUAAAUAAAACACACUUUUCUCUCCAA